AUGAACAGAAGGUCAAACCCCGCACUGGAUUCACCCACACUCGACUCAUCCCGCAAGCGGACUCAGGGCUUUGUUUCCUCGGCUGUAGAAUCUGCCCCCUCUGGCAACGAUCUCACUGGCAGGACUGACGCGGUUGGCGAAAACCCGCGCAAGGCACGCAAAGUCAGCAGGGCUUGCGACUACUGCAAGACUCGCAAGGCAAAAUGCAGCGGCACGCAACCCUGCGACAAGUGCACCCAGAAAGGGCGGUCGUGUCAGUAUGAUGCCAAGUACUCACGCGGCCGUCCCCCUACACCGCCGCACUCCUCCACCACGCUCUCCACCACAGCAGCUCCGGUGAUCGAGUCCACCAGUCCCGACCAGACAUCCACUUCUGAGAUUCCGCAGCCAACCUCCCACCAUCCCGGUAACCUCCACCCCGGCCCCAAUGCCGGCUCCGCACCGGCCUCCCGCGCCUCCCCGGAGCACGCCAUGGCCGAGAUCCAGGGGCAAGUAUUCGACACCACGUCGGGCGUGACUUUUCUGCACCGCGCAUCCCGCCGCCUCGCCCGGCAGCGCGGCCCGGACUCAUCUUCCCUUCCUUCUGGCGUCCGCCACACCCAAGGCGUUCCCUACGACAGCCGCCAGCCCGUCAUGUCGGCGGGGGACCUCCCGUUACCCCAGUUCGGCACCCGUGGCGGCAUCGAAUUCGAUCUGCAGCUGCCGGCCGUCAUCCCACCGCGGCGGGAGGCCCAACGCCUCCUGGCAAUGUACUUUGACGUCUGCGUCGUCACGUACCUGAUCCUGCACCAGCCGCUCGUCGAGGCCUGGCUGGCGGCGAUGCAGGACGACGUCGAAAAGGGCCUUCCGGGGUGGCAGCGCGUCGGCACCGCCAGGGCGGCCAUCGUCUUUGGUGUCUUGGCGAUCGCUGCCGCGCAUGAGGAUCGUGUCGCAUCGCCUUUUCCUGAGCCCCUGCAGACUUCAGGGGGGAGGGAAUCAUGCCAAAGGCCGCAGCAGCAGCAGCAGCAGAAUCAUCACGACCGGUUAUUCUGCGCGGCGCAGGCGCUCGUCGAAGCGGAGACGGGACUGCCGCGGCUCGAGUCGGCGCAGGCGAGGCUCAUCCAGACGCUGUACCUGCUCACGACGUCGCGGAUGAACAGGGCGUGGUACACGUUUGGCAACGCGCUGCAGAUGAUAUCCGCGCUAGGCCUGCAUAGGAAAGCAGCGCGGAGGGCGGGUGGCUGUGGAGGUGAUGGGCUGGAUUAUAUCCAGUCGCAGCUGCAGAUCAGGACCUUUUGGACCGCCUACAUCUUGGACAAGUACAUUGGCGUCAUCAUGGGUCGUCCGAGGCACUAUCACGAUGAUGAUAUUGAUCAGGUCUACCCGGACAGGGUUGAUGAUGAGGAUGUUGAUGCGCAGGGACCGAUAGAGGUGGAUGAUGACUUUCCGGAUUGCCAUCUGGAUGCACUCAUCUGCCAUGCCAAAAUCGCCCGUAUAAUCGGCGCCAUCUCCCGCGAAGUCUACUCCAUAAAGCCCAUUACCGAGCAAGCCCGAUGCGACGCCGCCCGGCGCCUGAGCCAGGACCUGCGCCGCUGGAAGGCGUCGCUGCCGCCUCACCUCGGAGCCAUCCGCCCGUCCAUGCUAGGCGGCUUCUACCGACGACAAUCUCUGGUCCUCCGGUUCGCCUACUGCCACGGCGUCAUGCACGCGAACCGGCUUUUUCUCCUGUCGUCGUCGGGCGGGACCGAAAGCAGCAACGAGGCCGCGGUGAAGGAGUGCGUGGCGGCCGCGCAGUCGGCGCUCGAGGCCGUCGACGGCAUGGUCGGCGCCCAGUCAAAGUCCAUCCAGGCGCUCUGGUGGACGCAGUACGUCGCCUUUCACGCGCUUGUCAUCUCGUAUGUUUGGGAUAUCCAACGGAAGCGGCGGCCCGGGGCAGGGGAGGAGUUGGAGGCGGUCAGGCAUGCUAAGCUGAUGGCGCUUGCUGAACGCUGCCAGACGUAUUUGGCUGAGGCGACGGCGGCGAACUCGCCUAGUCGGCGGUAUGCUGUUAUUUUGGACGAGUUGCGCUUGGAGGCGUUGGGCCAGCAGCAGCGGUCUCAAGGUGGGCGGACGGAAAGGUCUGGUCAGGGGGUUGUGGAUAGCGCGGGGCGUAACAACAACCGUACUGCUGCGCGACAGCAUGUUGGAUACUGCAGUGGAGUGCAGCAGGAGCGGCAAGUUUUAGAGACUGAACCAUCAUCCCUUGCGGUCACUAGCGGUGGGGUUAUGCAGGAUGUCGGAAUGGUGGGCGGGCUGGAUAAUGUCUUGUUUUCUGGCGGAGGAGGUAUUGCCAACUUGUUCGACGGGUGGCAGACAACAGAUUGGCUGGACCUUGACUCGACCGCGUUUGGGUUCUAUAUACAGCAUAACUCUCCUGAAUGGAUGACCAAUAUGAGUGCCUGA